GAAUGCAAGGCACUGCCCUCUCUCUCUCUCUCUCUCUCCACUCCUCCUCCGGGUGGAAAUUCAUCCUUCAGGCUCGGCAGCGGACAUUUGUGUUGAGGACCUCGGGAGUGCGGGACGUGUUCGGUCGUGGAGGCUUGAGGUGCGACAGCAGCGAGCUCUCCAGCCCGGCCACUGGGCUCUGUGGCCCCGCAGUGAUUUCACCUCUACAGAAAAUGUGUUUUGAAUUAUUCUCACCACUCAGCGAGACAUUUCUCAACCUUUUUUUUUUUUUUUUUUUUUUUUUUAAACACAUUGACAUGUUUUUUUCUGUUCCACUUUAGGAUUUUUCUGGUGGUUUAAUUAUUUCAAGUCCGGGCACUACUCCAUACGGUGCUGGUUAUAUAUUUUAUUUUUUUUUUACUGUGAAUUAGGCUUCCACCUUCCGCUGCGACUACUAACUUUGGACCACCGGAGCCAGCCUGUCGCCAGCCAGGGGGGGGGGGAGAGAGAGAGAGCCGCGAGAAGAGGAGACCUGACACCGAGCAGCAAGCCUAUAUUUGUCCGCUCGACUGUGUGGAAAAAGGAAGCAGGACGAGCAGGCUCCCCUGUCGCCACCACGCUCCCCUUUCCACCGUGCGGAGGAAGAAGGAAGGAAGGAAAGGAGGAUUUAGCCCGAAUAACGGGGAGGGAUUUACCCCUGGAGGAGAUUUGACGAUCUCAAAGGUGCUCGGCACAAUGGGACUCCUAAACCUCUGAGGGGGUGAGCACAAAAGACCGAGGGGAAGAGGAAGAAUAAAGCCAAGGGAGGGGGAAAAAGAGGACAAAAGAGGAGGAGGAGGCGGAACAGAAGAAAGAGGGAAGAUUCUUGCCCGGCGCCAGGCAAGCAGCAGAGCUUUUCGGCAGAAGAGUGGGCGGAGAAGGAGAGGGAGGGAGGGAGGCAGAUUUGAAAGGAGGGAUUUGCUCUAUCUGUUGGGGGUGCAUGCUCCCCCUUAAGUCCCCCCCUCCCGCUCGGACAUCCUCCCUUUUAUUUUUUUUUCUGCAUCAGUGACAGGCCGACAAAAGGCAAAGAAUGCGCAAUAAACUAAGUUUGGGAUGCCUCGGAGCGAGCAGGGGCCUCGAUGUGAGACUACCCAGGACUAGAGCCUUGCUACUGGGCUUGCUUCUCGCCGUAGUGGGCAGGCUCCCUCCGCCGGUCUGUGCAGAGGUGGAGAUCGAUGUACUGGGCGAGAUGGUGCUAAUGGAAGCGGGUGGAGAAGGCGAGGGGGUAGGCAGAAGAAGCGAGCUGGAGGCCUCCAUGCACUCUUCCUUCCUUCCGGACUUCCAGGAAGUGGCGGACGGUAUCGGGAAGAUGGAGGCCGUUGCCGUAGAGACCGGUGAGACUGUGGCAACUCAGCAGAACGCGGCUGCAUCCACUGCCUUCCCAGACUCCUCAGCGGUGGUGGGUCGGCUCUUCCAGAUGAAGGUGCCAAACAAGAUGGAGGACGUUUACCUGGGAGACAUUGUCAAGAUCACGGAGAUGAGCAAGGAUUCCCUCCCUGCCUGGCUGCACUGGGAUGCCAACAGCAGAAUCCUGCAGGGUCUACCUUUGGAGGAGGACAAAGGUGUCCAUUACAUCUCGGUAUCCAUCUCCAACCACACAAAAGCCUCCUCUUCUUCAGAGGUGUUUUCCAUUGAGGUACACCCUGAAGAUCAUUUGGACGCAGAUUCGGCCCAGCUGGCAUCCAACCAAGCCUCCGCUGAAAAUGAUGUCCAGCCAUUCAUGUGUGGCAACGAGGAACCAGUCACAGUGCUGACAGUGAUCCUGGACGCAGAUUUGACCAAGAUGAGUUCGGAACAGAGGGUGGAGCUCCUGGAUAACAUGAGGAGCUUCUCUGGGGUGGGGCUCCAGCACAUGAAGAUACUCCCUGUGGUCAACAACAGGCUGUUCGACAUGUCUGCAUUUAUGGCUGGGCCUGGAAAUGCCAAAAAGGUGGUGGAGAAUGGCGUUCUUUUGUCCUGGAAGCUCGGCUGCUCGCUGGAGCAGAGCACAGUCCCAAAUAUCAACAGUGUCCAGGGUCCUGCAAAGGAAGGCACAAUGUCAGCCAAGCUGGGCUACCCUGUGGUGGGAUGGCACAUUGCCAACAAGAAACCCCAUGUCCCUAAGAGGGUGAGGCGCCAAUUAAACAACACUCCAACACCUGUUCUGGCAGUGCUUCCUCCAACAACUGUAGUGGAGCCUCCAGUGAGGAUUAUCCCAACGCUCUCCUCUCCCUCUAUUGCUGCACCAACUGAAAGCUCUGCUCCGCCAGUUAGAGGCCCCGUUCCCCUACCAGUCAAGCCUACAAUCAGAGUCCGUGACCCUAUUGCCCACACCCCAACCCUAGGACCCCCUCAACCUACAAGGGUAAUGGAGACCACCAGCACCAUUCCUAUCCAACCAACCAUGACCAGGCCUACUUAUGUGGAGGCCACUGCCACACCACCCACACCUACUAGAAGACCUACCAAGAAACCUAAGAGACCCAAAACCACACCGGUGCCCAGAGAGCCAAAGACCUCCACAGCCAAACCAUCCAGGCGCACCACACCAUCACCUGCCGUCAUCCCGGAUCCAUACAAUGAGAAGCCUGUCUUGCGUAACCCCAUCGACCAGGUCAGUGCAUUGGUGGGCACCUAUUUUGAGGUUAAGAUCCCAUCUGAUACAUUCUUUGAUAAAGAGGAUGGCACAACAGACAAGCUGCGUCUAACUUUGAGACAAAACCACAAUGAAGUGGUUGGAGAGGGCUCCUGGAUCCAGUUCAACACCACCAGCCAACUUCUCUAUGGCCUGCCUGAUGUCCAACAUGUGGGAAAACAUGAAUACUUCAUGCAGGCAACUGACAAAGGUGGCCUGAAUGCAAUUGAUGCUUUUGAGGUCCGCGUAAACCGCUGGCCCUUAAAUGACAAAACCCCUGUGAUCUUCACUGCCCGAUUCGAUGGUGAGCCACGUUCAAUAACAAAUGACAUCCACAAGAAGAUCCUUCUGGUCAAGAAGCUGGCAUAUGCACUAGGGGACCGCAACAGCAGUACAGUCAGUCUAAGAAAUAUCAGCAAAGGGUCCAUUGUGGUGGAGUGGACGAACACUAGCCUCCAGCAGCACCCAUGUCCAAAGGAACAGCUCACAGCCAUGAGCAGGACACUCGCCAAUGCUGAUGGAAAACCCUCGCAGACCUUCAGGUACUCUAUGGAACCUGAAUUCAGACCACUGGACGUCAUGGUCAAGGGAAGAGCAAGCUGCAGAACAUAUUCCUUCAUCCCACCAGGAGAGAUUGAUAUACCAGAACCUCCAGCAGUCACUCCAGCUCUGGGAACAGGCCGGCAGAGCACAGAUGAUGUCUAUCUCCACACAGUCAUUCCCGCCGUGGUGGUUGCGGCAAUCUUGUUAAUAGCAGGUAUCAUAGCAAUGAUCUGCUACCGGAAGAAACGAAAGGGCAAGUUGACCAUCGAGGACCAGGCCACCUUCAUCAAAAAAGGUGUGCCGAUUAUCUUUGCAGAUGAACUCGAUGACUCUAAGCCGCCUCCAUCUUCCAGUAUGCCCUUGAUUCUACAGGAAGAGAAGCCCCCGCUUCCACCCCCUGAGUACCCCAAUAUGGCCACGCCAGAGACCACUCCUCUGAACCAGGAGUUGCUGGGGGAGUACACAGCUCUGCGAGACGAGGACCCCAACGCGCCUCCCUACCAGCCACCACCUCCCUUCACCACUCCCAUGGAGGGCAAGGGCUCCCGUCCCAAGAACAUGACUCCCUACAGAUCUCCACCACCCUACGUGCCACCCUAAGACUUUUUUAACCCUCCCCUCAUAGGGUGGAGGGAGUGGAUGCCUGAAGAACUGUGACGGUUUCCAUUCUGGUGUUUGUUUGUCUGGACAUUUACGGGGAGAGAUGACAAGAGGUGCUAAAGUACAAAACAGCUACAGGGGACUUUGGUUUGGGUGGGGGAGUAAUGAGUUGGGUGGGGUUUUUCAGUAGGUAGAUGGGAUGAUUGGCUGAAACAGCUGGGAGGGACUACUGUUUUAGUGGUAGCCCAGCUACUACAGUGGCCUAAGACAAACAAAUUCUCGUCACAUUGGCUUUCCGAUCGACCAGUUGGUCAGAAGCGACGAUUGGGAGAGAUGUUCUCCCUUCCCAGCAUUUCAUUUUUUUUCCUCUGUUGAUUUAAUAUACUGGCUUUUAUUUAGUUUUUCAUCAUUAUCCCGAGGUUAUUAUUCUUUUUUUUUUUCUGGACUGAAUCGUUUGCCUAACAACUCUUCUUUUGUCUUGCUUUUAAAUAAUACGAGGAGACAGUGAACUGCCAUCAGACCACUGCAGGCAACAACUCGUGUUUUUAAUAAGGAGAGUGAGAUUCUCUGAAUAUGAGAAAAGCUAUUACAAGGAUCUCAAAUCACCCCUGCAGACGACACAAGAGAAUGGGAGGCCGAGGUGUGUGUGUGUGCGUGUGAAUGAGUGGGUGUGUUUGUUCAGAUUCAAUACGGUUUGCCUUUUAACACUAGUUGUCUGUUUCUAUCCUUAUUCACAAUGUCUAGUAAAGAUGAGAAUAACAAGGUAGCCUAAAAAAAGAUUUAGAAAUGAAUAAUAAAUAAUUUGUUUGUUUCAUUGGUUUUAAAAUUCACUGUAUAUCUGGAAGAUGUUCUGAUAGAUUGUGUUAUAUUUUUUUUGGUGGUGGAAGAAAGGGACUGCCUUGCUAAAAUAACCUGCAGGAGCUCUUUAUAGUCCUGUUUUGAUAUAACAAUAUGUCAAUUACAGUCCAUUAGAUGAAAAUCCCACCUUCCACUCAGUUGCCCUUAUCCCCUCAGGAGAUCUAACAGGCUCAAUAAGGUUUAAGCAACAAGAAAAACUGGGUGGGGUGAGGUUAAUGUGAGAAAACACGAACUACUGUUUUUAUUACGAAAGAGAUUAUCUAACUAACUUGUAAAUGCAGAGUUUAGUGUGGAUUUGGAUGCAAAAUGUAUAGUUUUAUGCAGAUUUCAGUUCAUGCAAUUUGACCUCAAUUUGGCGACAGUGUUACUCGAGGUUGACAAAACUACGGUAAAAGUGAAAUGCCAUUUCCGCCCUUUUCUACAAACAGUACCUCCAAAAUGUACGUAAACCGGAAAAGGACCCCUUCAGUUUAUUUUGGACCAGGGAUAAUUAUUUUUUUAUGUAAUGAGGCAGUUCUUCUCUCCAGUCAGAGAAACGUUGUGUGCCAUGGAGACUCUCCCAGAUGGGAUUGUACAGAUAUUCACAUUUUAGAGGUCACAGAAGAGACGAUUGUGGCUGAGAUUGAGGCAGAGAUUCGAAAGGGAGAAAGAACCUUGAAUUUCCAGUAAUUAGCUCACUGAAAAAUGGUUAAUGAAAAUCUCCUUCAAAUUUUUUUUUACAAAGUUUUUGAUACAACCUCAAAAUGUUUGAUUAUUAAAAGAAAACAUGAUUAAUGAUUAGUCUUCUGUGAUUUGUAAAAUCUUAGCCUAGAAGUUCAAUUAUGAUUCAAUUAUGUACACUUUCUUUUUUGUCAUGGGUCACAUAUUUCAAGUGUUUUAUUUUAUUGUGUGUUUGCAUAUCAAAAUGUAUCUCCCACUAUACAAAGAUGGAAUGACCGAUAUUUUAUGUAAUCACAAAUUUUAUUUUUAUGUCCUUGUGUUUGCUAAUGAGUUUCAACUGAAAGUGACCCUUUGCAAUAAUAAUGUAAGGCGCAGUCUGCUCACUGACUGGUCGAUGCAGGCUCAAGCGAGUGACUCGUAUUAUCAUAAUAUUGUUGGUUUUUGCAGGAUGCCAAGGCUUUUUUGCUUUUCAAGUGUGCAUUGUCAUAAUAAAACCAACUGGUGCGAUUAAAAAAAUAAUAAUAAAUCAA